GUCUAAAUCCAGGGAUUAUUCUUUUUCGUUAUUUCAAUUUGGUUUUCUCUUCAGUCGUUCCUCUUCCUCUCUCUUUGAAUCCGAUUCAACUCAGAUGCGUCCAAUUUAAUGGCUGGGUCAUUCGUGAGAGAUUCGUUCUGUCCGAGCGGAAUUCAUGAGGAAUUUUGAUUGAACUCGGAUGCGUUCUCUUCUCUGUUCUCGGAAAGUUCGCAUCUUGGUUAGUUCUCAAUCUCUUUUGGCUUGGUUUCUGUUUUGGGCUUCUUGUUAUUACUGGUGUUCAAUUUUAUCUUUGAGGUUUUCAGUUAUGAUCUACUAGAAUGUAGAAAUAAGUAUAAAAGUUGCAAACUUGAUGACCAAUUUCCCUCUUUUCGCUGCAUGUCAAAUCCUUUUGUUUUUGGUUUGAAUUGAAAUGGUGUUUUAGGUUCAGCCAAGACAUUGUUUUGCUUAUGAAAGUUGGAAAAUUUCUUUCUUCUAGUGACUUUUGGUUGCUUGUAAAGAAUGGUAUAUAUGUGUUGAACUACUUGAUUGACUGGAUUUCAUUUUUGAGUAUGCAUAUCCAUUAUAGAAGAAAAGGGUUCCUCACUAUGCUUGAAUUUGGGUUUCUUUUGACACUGGAAUGUAAGCAAAUAAUGGCCUGGUGGUUGUUGUUGUAAUGAAUGGCGCUGUUGCUUUGGUGGUUGUUGUAAUCUGUUUGGAGAGUAGAGUUGUUUUCCAUUCUUUUGGGAGAUACAUUCAGGUGCCUCCGCCUUUGAAUUACCUUUCGGUGACUACUACAAUGCUUGGAGGUGCAGCUGGAGCUGGUGCCUAUGCGCUAGGUAUGAUUUCUGAUGCCUUCAGCUCCUUGGUUUUCACUGCUCUGGCUAUUGUAGUUAGUGUUGUUGGAGCUAUCGUUGUCGGAUUUCCUGUUUUGGCUUGCACAGAAAUGGUUAUGCCAAUGUCUAGUAGCCGAGAUAGAAGCAUGUUUCAAACAUAUGAUUAUAAUUUCUCCUCUUUUCAAGAGUGGUGCUGGAAGCAGUUCAAUGUGAAACCAAGGCCUACAUGGAUAACAACAGAGUUUGGUGGACAUUUGGCUACUAUUUGGUUGGAGCGCAAGGAUUCCCUAGCUGGAGCAGUACUUUUGGCGUUAAGGCAACAUUGUUAUGGAGAAAUUUGAGAGGAGGGGCAUGAAGUAACAAACCAAGUAGGGGAACAUAUCACCUCAAGUACGAUUCCGGUAAUGUUCAGAAGAUACUUUUAUUUAUUUCUAGUCUGUAACUAUGGAACUUAUCAAUUGUAUUUGGUUUGCAAUUGAUACUAUAGUGACGCUGCAGUUCGACUAUGCCAUUUUAAAAACAGUUGGUCUACGUUGAUGCAGUUGCAUAAUUUACUAUUCCUAGUGCAUAUGAAUUGAAUAAUUUUUCGUGUUCCUUCAGGAUUACUCGCAGCAGCCCCCUAUUCAGGAACUAAUUGGAAGGGAUCUUCAUGAUAUAUAAUGAAUGGAAAUUCAGACAUAUUGCGAGGUAAGU